AUGGGGGGAAUCAUUGGCCACGUGCGAGGCUCAUCAAAAGUCAUCCCAGCCCUUAGAUUCUGCAAACAUUUAGGCAUCGAAGAGAUCACCCUCUACACCUUCAGCAUCGAAAACUUCAGAAGGACGGAAGAGGAGGUUCGUCACUUAUUGAAUUUGAUAAAGGAUAACCUCUUGGAGCACAUACACGAUCCCAGCACUCUGGUAGAGCUGGAUAUAUGUUUGAGAGUCGUUGGGGACCUGAAGUUACUCGAUGAGGAUUUUCGUGAAGUUGUUCGUCAGAUUAUGGAUAUGACCAAAGGUAACAGUUUUCGCGUGAACUUGGCAAUCGCCUAUACCAGCAGGGAAGAAUUGACCUCUGCCAUCAAGGAUGCGGUUGAGAAGUCCUCUACGGAUGGUGAAAGACCGGAGGAAGAUCUAUCGAGGAACUUAUACGUCGGCAGGGACGUUGAUAUGGUCAUCAGGACUUCCGGAGAAGUGCGUUUGAGUGAUUUCUUAUUGUGGCAAAGCACGAGCUCUAUGUUGUGCUUCACCGACGUUUUGUGGCCUGAUUUUUCAGCCUGGAAUUUGAUCGUUCUGUUGCUUCGAUAUCAAAAAUAUAUGUUGAAUUAUAACAAGAUUAAACCUUGGCUAUAG